UAUACCAGUAUUCAUUUCUGUUUCAUGGCUCCGGUGUCUAGUUUUCCGAUUAAAGUCGGGCAUAUCGACGAUGUCCAAGAACUAAACAAGGCUAAACAAACCACAGUUCCUGAAAGAUUUGUCCAAGACAUGGCUGAUAGGCCGAAACUUACUGCAAAUCUAUCAUCGUCUACUGACAUUCCCAUCAUAGAUCUUUCUAAGCUCAUGAAAGGAGACACAGAUGAACACUUCAGUGAAGUUAUGAAGCUCAAAACUGCCUGUGAAGAAUGGGGAUUUUUUCAGGUGCUGAAUCAUGGGGUUGAUCUGAAUGUUCUUGAAAACAUGGAAAAACUAGCAAAAGAUUUCUUCAUGUUACCUUUACAUGAGAAACAGAAGUAUCCGAUGGCACCGGGGACGGUUCAGGGCUACGGUCAAGCUUUCGUGUUCUCAGAGAACCAGAAGUUGGAUUGGUGCAAUAUGUUUGCUCUUGGUGUUGAGCCACCUUGUAUAAGGAACCCGAAACUCUGGCCAUCGAGUCCGGCUAACUUCAGAGAAAUUUUAGAAAUGUAUUCAAGAGAAAUCAGAGAACUCUGCAAGGUUAUUCUGCAAUAUAUAGCAGUGAGCCUUGGAUUAAAAGGGGAGAUUUUCGAAGAAAUGUUCGGAGUAGCUGUUCAAGCAGUAAGGAUGAACUACUACCCUCCAUGUUCGAGACCAGACCUUGUUUUAGGCCUUAGUCCACAUUCAGAUGGAAGUGCCCUUACAGUAUUGCAGCAGGGCAAAGAGAGCACAGUUGGUCUUCAAAUCCUCAAGGACCAAACAUGGUUACCUGUUCAGCCUGUUCCGAAUGCACUCGUGGUCAACAUCGGUGACAGUUUAGAAGUUCUUACAAAUGGAAAAUACAAGAGCGUGGAGCAUAGAGCAGUAACUCACAAAGAAAAUGACCGCCUUUCCAUCGUCACUUUCUAUGCUCCGAGCUACGACAUCGAACUCAGUCCGAUGCCAGAACUGGUGGAUGAGAAGAAUCCAUGCAGAUACAGAAGAUACAAUCAUGGAGAGUACAAUAAACAUUACGUAACCAACAAGUUGCAAGGCAAAAGAACCCUGGAUUUGCAAAGAUCCAAUCCAAUACAUCAAAUUAACAAGGGCUCCACUUUGGUCUCCCCACUUAGAUAACUACUUGUGCUAUUUAGAUGUCUCUUCUGUAACAAAGUUUCUCUCAUGUGCAUAUCAGCUUAUGGAAGCUUGUGGGGUCUUUGCUUU